UAACAGCGUCAUAAUACGUACGCAUUUUAAACGAACCAGUCGUAGUUUUAUCACUCGAGAGAGUGCGUGUUAUAAUGGUCAACAAGUAUUUGUUGUGCCUAUUAAUACUAUAUGUUGCUUUGAAUUCUGUAAGUGGAAAGUUUGGACGCAGUGGUGGCUCUAGAAGCUCCAGUUCUGGAAGAUCAUGGGGAAAGGGUAGUUCUGGGAGAUCGUCUUGGGGAUGGGGUUCUAGUAAACCAAGCUCAGGCUCCUCAUCUUCGAGCCACUCGAGAUAUGGAUCCAGUUCACAUGGCUAUCCAUCAUCAACCGGAUUAUCAGGCUCUGGAUCUAGUGGACUCAGCUACCCAUCAUUGUCAGGCAGAGGAAAUACAGGCUCCUCCUACCCAUGGUCAGGUAGCCUCUCUGGUUCCAGCUCCAAUAGCCAUUCUGGAGGAAGUUAUCCAUGGUCCACCGGUCUAUCUGGUUCAGGAAGUGGAAGUAAAUAUCCAGGAUCAAACGGUCUAUCUGGUUUAGGAAGUGGAAGUAAAUAUCCAGCAUCAAACGGUCUAUCUGGUUCAGGAAGUGGAAGUAAAUAUCCAGGAUCAAACGGUCUAUCUGGUUUAGGAAGUGGAAGUAAAUAUCCGGCAUCGAACGGUCUAUCUGGAUCGGGAGCAAGUAGUAAAUACCCAGCCUCUACUGGACUCUCUGGGUCAGGAGGAGGUAGAUAUCCUAUUUCCACAGGACUCUCUGGUUCGAAUAACCGCCCUGUAUCAACCGGUGUGUCAACAUCUAAUACAGGUUAUCAUCCUACAGGUCCACAAUAUCCAAAUACACACUAUAACAAACCUCCACAAACCCAUCCAAGUACCAUAUCUAAUUCUCAUUCUGGAUAUAAACCUACACAUAUAGGACCGUCAUAUAGUAGUGGUUCUUACGGAAGUCAUGCUUAUGUGCCAACUUACUAUACUUCUCCUCAACAUAUUUAUAUCACCCAGUAUAGAGAUUCUGGAAGUCGUUAUAAUGACCUGUUAACUGGAUUAACACUGUAUAAUUUAGGACGCUCUCAUACACAUUACCAUGAUCAUUAUUAUUAUGACGACUACUAUAGGAGAAGAUAUGACUCCGGAACUAGUUCAUCUUAUCGCCCCUCUGUUAAAAGCAACGAAGAGGCUCAUUGUCUUUUAAGAGUAAAAGAAAGCGGUAAAAUAGAAGAACUAAAAAUACCUUGUGAGAUUGUAUCAACGUUUACUGAAGGAAGUAAAAAAGUGCCUCAAGAAACAGUUCGUAUAGAGAAAACAGUAUGCCACAAUAUUACAGUAUCAAAUAAAAUUUCGACAGAAGCUAACUUAACAUCCGUAUCCACUUCAACUACUGAAGCUACUCCUUUGUCGGUUAUUCCUGUAAAUUCAAGUUUAAGUAAAGUUAAUGCAACAGAAACGCUUACGUCAACUGUUGCAGCUACAAAUAUUACAACACCCAGUUUACUUUCCCAGAAUAUCACAACUUCGACAGAAACAAUUCCUUUGAAGGAGAAUAGUACUUCAAUUAGCACAACUGAACUCAAAAAUACUGAAACAACCAUCCCUUCAAUGGAAACGCAUCCUUCAACUGCCGUUGGGAAUUCCACUACACCAACAAGUAAUGUGACGCACAAUACAAUAGCUUCCACCGAAUCAUAUGCCUCAAGUGCAUCAACAAUUAAUCCAUCGACAAAUAAAACAAUAAACAAUUUAAAUGUUUCAACUACAGCACUACCAAAUAUCAAAAAUGAGUUUACAAAUUCAACAUGCACAACAACGACAACAACACAGUUAAAGGAUCCUUUAACUAUUAAAGGUCCGCCACCAAAACUCAACAACAUGGAAUGUGAAGUCGAAAUUGUAACAAGAGAUCAUCGACUUAGAUCAAAAGUAGAUUGUCUCACAUUAAUGGAAUAUUCAAAGAUGCCGGAACCAAAAAGAGAUUCAGGGUUUUUGCCGCCCAGAGAAAAAUUAAAGUCAUGGUUAUCUAAACCACCGUGGUGGUUAUCUAUGUUUAUUGCAGUGUAAAUGUAUAUAUAAUAAUAAUAAUAAUAAUAGCCUUUAUUCAGAUAA